AUGGGGACAACAAGUGAUGAGAUGGUGUCCGUGGAACAGACCUCUUCUUCCUCUCUAAACCCCCUGUGCUUUGAAUGUGGCCAGCAGCACUGGACGAGAGAAAAUCACUUAUACAAUUAUCAGAAUGAAGUCGAUGAUGACCUAGUCUGCCAUAUUUGCCUUCAGCCUCUGUUGCAGCCACUAGAUACCCCCUGUGGACACACAUUCUGCUAUAAGUGCCUCAGAAACUUUUUACAAGAGAAAGAUUUCUGUCCAUUGGACCGGAAGAGACUUCAUUUUAAGCUGUGUAAGAAGUCUAGUAUUUUAGUUCAUAAACUCCUAGACAAAUUAUUAGUUUUGUGUCCGUUUUCUUCAGUGUGCCAAGAUGUAAUGCAACGCUGUGAUCUGGAGGCACAUCUUAAAAACAGGUGUCCUGGAGCUUCUCAUCGGAGAGUUGCUCUAGAGAGAAGAAAAACCGGUAAAACUCAGACCGAGAUUGAGAGUGAAAAUGGACCCACUAUAAUAGAUCCUCCAGGUACUUUAUCACCGGAACCGGACUGUUCGGGGACAGGGACAGUGCCCGCCGAGCGGAAUGUGACAUCAGCAGCUCUUCCCGUGUGGACUGAAGAGCCUGGCCUCGACAACCCUGCAUUCGAGGAGAGCACCGGCACUGACAUUUGUCAGCUGGCUUCCCAGGUGCAUCCUCAGACUUCUUUAUUCCCCAGACAUCUUGACACCUUAGCAGAUAAGACCAAGGAGAGCCAGAGCGCCCUUUCGUCAGCCUACGUAAACAACUGUGAUAUUAGCAACGUGUCCCAUAACUAUGCCAGAGCUGUCCUUUCCCAGCCCUGCACCACGCUGCAUCUCACUGUGCUUCGAGAGAGGCGCUUUGGCAACCGAGCAUCCAACCAUUCUGAUAGUAACUCUCCACGAGAAGAGAUUUUCCAUGUGGUUCUUCAUAAACGAGACUCUGGUGAACAGCUCGGCAUUAAAUUGGUCCGAAGGACAGAUGAGCCAGGUGUUUUCAUUCUUGAUCUGUUGGAAGGGGGGCUGGCUGCCCAGGACGGCAGGCUCAGCAGCAACGACCGAGUGCUGGCCAUCAAUGGACACGACCUGAAGCAUGGGACACCAGAGCUUGCUGCCCAGAUUAUUCAGGCCAGCGGAGAGAGGGUGAAUUUAACAAUUGCUAGACAAGGGAAACCCCAGCCUGGUAACACUCUCCGAGAAGCAGGAACUCACAGCAGCAGCCAGCACCAUGCACAGACACUGUAUCACAGCAGACCAAGCUCACAUAAGGAUCUUACUCAGUGUGUUACAUGCCAAGAAAAACACAUUACUGUAAAGAAGGAACCACACGAGUCCCUUGGAAUGACAGUUGCUGGGGGCAGAGGAAGUAAGAGUGGUGAACUGCCCAUCUUUGUAACCAGCGUGCCACCUCAUGGCUGCCUUGCACGAGAUGGCAGAAUCAAGAGAGGUGAUGUGUUGCUGAAUAUCAAUGGCAUCGAUUUGACCAAUUUAAGUCACAGCGAGGCCGUCGCCAUGCUGAAAGCCAGCGCUGCUUCCCCCACUGUUGCCCUUAAAGCACUCGAGGUCCAGAUUGUUGAGGAGGCAACUCAGACCACUGAAGAGCAGCCAAGCACUUUCAGUGAAAAUGAGUAUGACGCCAGUUGGUCCCCAUCGUGGAUCAUGUGGCUUGGGCUUCCAAGUGCUCUUCAUAGCUGCCAUGAUAUAGUUUUACGAAGAAGCUACUUGGGAAGUUGGGGCUUUAGUAUUGUUGGUGGAUAUGAAGAGAACCACACCAAUCAGCCUUUCUUCAUUAAAACUAUUGUCUUGGGAACUCCUGCUUAUUAUGAUGGAAGAUUAAAGUGUGGAGACAUGAUUGUGGCUGUAAAUGGCCUGUCAACAGUGGGCAUGAGCCAUUCUGCAUUAGUUCCAAUGUUGAAGGAGCAGAGGAACAAAGUCACUCUGACAGUUAUUUGUUGGCCUGGCAGUCUUGUGUAGAUUUUUGAAAUUGGUUUUGAAUCUCGCAUCUUUCUUUUUUGGGUUUUUGAAAGAAAAUCCUUUGGUUUCAUUGUGUUUCUGGUUGUUAGGAGCUACUGACACACAGCUGGUAUACACAGGGCCAAAAACCACUAAAAUUGUUCUUUUGUUUUUAUUUAAAUGGUUUCCUAUUAGCUACAUUUCUUUUAGCUUGGAAAUAGUCUUCCACUAACCAUUGUGAGUUUAUAUUUUCAGAAUUCAGACUCUCAGUUGUCAAAAUGCUACCUAUAAUAAUGAAUGCAACCCACCCAAACUGUGACCCAACCAGGUGGAUUAAAGAACUUCUGGUCAUUAUUUUCAGUAACUGCAUCAUAAAAUGAGUUACGUAUCCCCCAAGACUGGUGUCAGUGAAGUCAGUCACAAUAGCAUCUACUGCCACCAUCAAGCCAAUGCCACGAAUAGAUAGAUUUUAAAUUGGGGUGGUUAUUGUCCCCAUUUUUCAUUGGUGCCAACAUUUCAAAACUUCAUACCGUUUAUGAAGUGAUUUUCUGGUUUUUUUUUUCUACUGCAAACUCUCAGUGCUCAUAGAUAAUGAAGACAUAAGUCUGACACCACUGAAGAGAUUUUUUAAAAAUAAUGUACUGUUAUUAGAAUAGUAGAGAAUAAAAGGUGAUGUUAUCCAAUGACAAAGGGAUUUGGAAGAUAAUUAUAGUUUAGUGCUAGAGAUGGGAAAAGAUCGUUGACUUGAACAGUCUAAAAGCAUUAAAGGUUCAUUUCCAAAGGAGUGUUUUGUUCUAUAGGAAAAUUUUGAAGCAGAUUUUGCUAAAAAUCAUUUCUAGACUUUGUAUCAUACUUAUCAGCUGAUUUAUACAAUUAAACUAGAUAAUAAAGAUAAAACCAUAUUGCUGUUAAAUAAACACACAUAUAUCACCCUAAGUAGGAGAAGGGAGACCACCUUAUUUUAUUUUUAUUUGAUUCAGAUAAGAGUCCUUGAGUGUUUAGAAACCCUUAUUUUUCCCAUUAUUUCUUAUGAACUUGUUUCCAGUAAGAGACUGAAAAGUUCUGGUUUUUAUCUGUAGUCGUAGAUUUUAGAUGUUAAUAUCUGUCAGUCAGCUCUUGGUCACUAAGCUAUUUCAUAUAUUUUGAAAUGUUAUUCAAAACUAUGACUAACCCAUUUUGUUUGUCCUUUAUUCAACAUGGUUGUCCUUUGGAGAGCUCAAAGAAGUGAAUAAGAGAAAAAUGUCUUUACCUUCUUCACAUUAAGAUACUUGAAAAGUUUCAU